AUGCUCGAAGGCAAAAUGGCAUCAGCCAUCACUUCCAACAUGACGGCUUGGCUCAUUCCCCUAUUCCUGAUGCUUAUUAGAAUCUCCCUGAUUGCUUCGUUCAGUCCUAUUGUUAGAAGACCAAUUGUAACAGUUGCGGAUGUUGGUGGCAUCAGCAGGAAUGAGAAGGGUGCGACAACAAUCUUUGGCGGUUGCAGAUUGUCUCGUCUAAAACCACUAUCGGCACAUGUGCAUGUAUCUGCUGCAUGCCAGCUCCACAGGAAGAAACAAAGUGAGCAGUUGUACCGGUACUACUCUACCACUGCUCUCCAAGCCAAACCUAAACGAGGGUCCGUUGUGGAUUCGUACCGUACUGUCAGUGUGAACUGUGCCAAAUGUCAAGCACGGUUGUUUCGCUACAAAAAGAAGAAUGGCACCAAAUCCAAUCUCGUCAAGUGUUAUAUAGAACGAAUUGCAGAAGACUCGGCGGGUGUCCUCGAAAAUGCCAGAGCCGAACUGCAGGAUGACAUGAUGUUUCCUCAGGAUUAUGCUUGGCAGUGUCCCUCCUGCCAAUCCCAAUUUGCCAGGACAGCGCAGAUUCAUGGUCUUCCCGCUUUGAAAAUGGUUGGAGGAAAGAUCAAAAUGACCAAAAAGUAA